AUGGCUACACCUGUUGCCGCACCUUCUGCAGUCGUAGGAACGACAGCCCUCUUCUUCACCGGUGCACUCGUCAUGAGAGGAGCUGGAUGUACCAUCAACGAUCUCUGGGACCGUAACCUCGAUCCACAUGUUGAACGAACGAGGCUACGACCAAUCGCUAGGCGAGCAAUUACUCCUCUGCAAGCUCUUGUCUUCCUUGGAGGGCAGCUUACUACCGGACUUGCUGUGCUUCUUUCUUUUCCAGCUGAAUGCUUCUGGUACGCUACGCCGUCACUUAUAUUCGUUACACUCUAUCCUUUGGCAAAGCGAGUCACAUAUUAUCCACAGUUCGUUCUGGGCCUCACGUUCUCCUGGGGUGCCAUGAUGGGCUUUCCUGCGUUGGGCAUCGAUUUGCUUGCAAACCAAGCGGCGUUGAUUGCGGCUACAUGUUUAUAUGCCAGCAAUGUGGCAUGGACCGUUCUAUACGAUAUGAUAUAUGCCCAUAUGGAUAUAAAAGACGACGUCAAGGCUGGCAUUAAGAGUAUUGCGCUCAAGCAUGAGAAGGAAACGAAGCAAGUACUCUCGGGCCUCGCUGUUGCUCAGCUUGGUUUGUUAUCCGCCAUGGGAGUUGCAGCAGGACUUGGGCCGAUCUUUUUCAUUGGGUCAGUUGGUGGUGCAGCCCUCACACUGGGCACUAUGAUUCGCCGAGUCAAGCUGAAGGAGGUCAAGAAUUGCUGGUGGUGGUUCGUCAACGGCGCAUGGUUCACAGGAGGUGCCAUCGGUCUGGGUCUCGCUGGGGAAUAUGUCGCGCAUCUGCUUGGUUGGUAUGAGGAUGCUGAGAAAAAGAAGGAGCCAGGAAAGAUGUAUGUUAGUGUCUAA